GACUUUGAAAGCUUUUUUCGGGACGGAAUGGACAGGCUCUAUCCUUCAGCGAUACUAUGUCUGGCUCCUCGACUCCGUUAUCGUCAACGAAGACCUUAUCCACGGCACCGUCGCCUAAGCCAAAGGCAAAUGAGCUCGAGGCCCUUUUCUUCAAUCCCCGGAUACCGGCAUCUCACCUAAUAGAAUAUAUCGCUUCGAGGCCACAGACUAGCUCCACGAUUUUUGUGUAUGAUUUGGCGGAGCAGACCGGCUUUGGUACGCUCACCAAGUCCUGGGCGAGGUCUGGCAAGGAGUCAGCCCCCGUCGUGGACUUGCAGACGAGGGCUGGCGCUGGAUUGACUCUUGUUGGCCGUUUGUCGGAGGGUACCAGCCAGGAUGGCGUUAUCACUGCCUAUACAUCGACCAAAGGCCUUUCGAUGAUGGCCUCUUCUCUGUCCUACCUUCCGGAGGCAGGUCCGACGAGCAGAUUGGUUCUGCAAGUCCCUAACCUUCUCUUUGCCAACGAUGCCUUGUCUAUUUCGCCGUCUCUCGCCCCUCUCGCUACUUCCUUACCUAUUCUCCCAAGCAGCCUCGUCAUUCUUCUCUCCGCGACCCCUCAGGAAGCAGCUGAUUUUGCGCAUAUAUCCUACCAACUGACCUCUCACCAUGUUGUCCAUAUCUUCGACCACUACGCAGCGGCGCGUGAGAUAGGCCACUCUAUCUCUCCGCUAUCCCCCAUCCCUGUUAAAGAGAAUAGUUCGGUGGAAGGUGUCCUGGCCCAUGCCGGAUAUUCCUUCUUUGACUAUACUGGCGACUCGGAGGCGGAGACCGUGGUCGUUUUGUUGAACGGCCCGUUAGCACUAGCCGCCAAAGCCAUCGCCAGCCGAUCUACGGGCUUUGGAGUCAUUUCGGUGAAUGUAUUGAGACCUUGGGAUGAGGACAGUCUUCGGGACAUCUUGCCCAAGACAGCACGUAUCAUUCAUGUUUUGGAUGACGUCCCGACCGCUUUGACGCAGGGAUUUUUGUACCCUGAUGUAUUCGGCGCACUGCUCUACCAUGAGGCUGUAUCCGCAAUUCACGGACAUCGCGUUACUCCCGCCCAGACACAGUCGUAUGUUUCCAAGGAAGAUGCGUUCAUACGCUUCCUCUCAAAAUUCGUGCCUGCGUCUGUCAAAAAUGUAUCGGCUUUACUGCCCUCCUCCGCCAAGAAGCUGUUCCUCUUUAGCACUCCCAAUUCCGUGUUGACAUCCUUUUCACACGUCUUGGAGGAUGUUUUCCUGUCCAACAAAGGCGUGUCAGCGCGUCUCCUUACAGAUCACGACGCAUUCUCCAAGUCGGGGGGUAUCACUAUCAACCGUAUGCUUCUUUCGCCCAAGAAGGAUGUGUCGCCUUUCCUCCCCAUCCCUGUCGCUCUUCCUUUCGAGAAGGACGAAGUCGAUUUUCUGGGUAUAUUGGACCCAAGCCUCGUCAAAUCCCAUUCCCUAGUCAAAUAUGCGAAACCCGGCUCUGUGAUCCUUGUUAUUACGUCCUGGUCGCCUGCGGAACUGUUGGCUAAUCUACCUUCAGAGUCCCUCGCGUCCGUAGCGCAGAAAGACGUUCACCUUUACACCUUUGAUGCUGCGGGCAUUGCCUCCCAACUUGUUGAUGCCUCUAACACCGACGUGGUUGAAAAUGUCCUCGUCACCCUCGCUUUCCUCAGGCUGUAUCUGGGAGGUGCUGCACGGGAAGACCUUGUGGCCAUUGUUGCAAAAAGUGCCUUCGAGGGUGUUGUUCAGGGCACUUCGCUCGAUGCGGUGAACUCUGCUGCUUGGUCUGGCUUGGUUGAUAUUGAGAUUCCCGCAGUCUCAGAGGAGGAUGUCACUUCGAGUGCACCGCAGAAGGACAUUGAGUUCAAUGCGGUUGUCGUGGAAAGCGACGAUGGUGAUUCGGUAGCCACUGGUGCGUACGUGGGUACCUGGCACGAUGCAGCGAAGCAUAUCUUGUUCCAUGACGCUUUCACACCUUCUGGACUGGCUAGCGAAGCCUCUCUCCGUCCAGAAAUUCCCGAUGACACUUUCCUCGUUACAUGCGUAGUCAACCGUCGACUCACCCCUCUGGAGUACGAUCGCAAUGUCUUCCAUCUUGAAUUCGAUACCAGGGGAACCGGACUCAAAUAUGAGAUUGGUGAAGCGCUAGGCGUGCACGGUUGGAACGAUGCACAAGAGGUCCUUGACUUCUGCGAUUGGUAUGGCGUCAACCCUAAUCGUCUCAUCACCAUUCCCGUGGUAGCUGGUGAGGAUAACAUGCACACACGCACUGUCUUCCAAGCACUGCAGCAGCAGAUUGAUCUCUUCGGCCGUCCGCCCAAAUCGUUCUACACCGAUCUCGCGCCUUUCGCCACCUCAUCCGUCGACAAACACUCUCUUCUCUUCAUCGGAUCAGCGGAAGGCUCUUCGACUUUCAAGAAAUUAUCGGAGAAGGAUACGGUUACUUUCUCCGAUGUGCUGAGAAUGUACCCUAGUGCCAAGCCCGGCAUAGAACGACUGUGUGAGUUGGUAGGCGAUAUCAAGCCAAGGCAUUACAGUAUUGCCAGCGCUCAGAGUGUUGUGGGAGACCGUGUUGAUUUACUCGUCGUAGCUGUAGACUGGCAAGCACCAAAUGGCUCUAUUCGCUAUGGUCAAUGUACACGAUAUCUGGCUGGUCUCAAGGUUGGCCAAAAAGUCACAGUAUCCAUCAAACCUAGUGUCAUGAAGCUGCCACCAGACAAUAUGCAACCGCUCAUUCUCGCUGGUCUAGGCACGGGAGCCGCACCCUUCCGAGCCUUCCUGCAGCACCGCGCUUGGCUCCUUCAACAAGGCCAAAAGGUUGGACCCGUCUACUACUACUUCGGAUCUCGGUAUCAGUCAGCGGAGUAUUUGUACGGGGAAGAAAUCGAGUCUUUCAUCCUCGAUGGUGUCAUCACUCGUGCUGGACUAGCGUUUUCUAGGGAUGGUCCCAAAAAGGUCUACAUCCAGCACAAGAUGCUCGAAGAUUCUGAAGCGUUGGCUACCAUGAUCCAAGACCAGAAGGGCGUCUUCUACCUUUGUGGACCUACGUGGCCGGUGCCUGACGUGUAUGAAGCCCUUGUUAACGCGCUUGUCAAAUACAAGGGUCAAGAUGUCGCGUCUGCUGGGGAAUAUCUCGAAGGUCUCAAGGAAGAGGAACGAUAUGUACUCGAGGUCUACUAAGUGUCGGUCCCUCACUGUGAAGUAGUGAUCUAUCUGUUUGGUUGUAUAGUAGUAUAUAGAUCGUAUAC